UGUUGUCCUUUCAUUUUUGCAUGAUUGAGACAAACGAACAGGCUCCAACAUGUCUUUAUUUCCCAGGUAUACGCCAUUUGACUGUGGUAUCUGGGCAAAUCCUGAGCAGACAUUCUGGUUGGAAGUCACUUGAGGUGCCACAGAAGAUCCUGAGGAUUUCUGCAGGAUAAUUAUAAAAGGAGGAAACUUCCCCAGAUCAUACAUCAUAACAGAGAUGCUGACUUCACCUGCUGAGUCCACUGAGGCCGCAGUGAUGACACCAGCUGCCACCAACUCCACCUUCCUGGACUCUGAGUUUCGUUAUAAGCUCUUCCCUGCUUUCUAUAGCAUCAUCUUCAUCCUGGGUUUCUGUGCAAACUGCUAUGUGCUCUUUGUCCUGCGCCAUCUCCGCGAAGCCAAGGCCAUGGGUGAAAUCCGCAUCUACAUGACCAACUUGACUGUAGCCGAUCUCCUGUUUGUGUGUGCCCUUCCCUUCUGGAUUGGCUAUUACAGACGAUGGGGUGACUGGGUGUACUCAGAUGUCCUGUGCCGACUGACCGGCUCGAUGUUCUUCAUCAACACCUACUGCUCCGUCCUCUUCCUGGGGGCCAUCAGUAUCAACCGCUACUGGGCAGUCACACAGCCUCUGAAUGCAGCCUCCUCUGACCACAGGUGUCGUGGGAUCGCAGUGACCAUCACCAUCUGGGCGCUGACCGUAGCGAUGUCAAUUCCAUCUCUAAUAUCGCCGGGGAUCAAUGUUGAUGAGAAGAACGUGACGCGCUGUUUUGAAGGGUACCACAGGGAAGGCGAUGGGGAGAAGCGAGUUGUGGCGGCCAUCCAUUUCACAAUCAUUGCAGUGUUUUUUAUAGUCUUUAUCCUUGUCGUGGUUUGUAACCUCCUCACUGCUCUUGCGUUGAUGGCUCAGUCUCCGACUCAGUCAGGAUUUAGAUCUGCAACGAUUUUAUCCAACAGGAGCAAUAGCAGCAAGCAGUCUACAAUCAAGAAGCCCAGAGGGGUGAAACGGAGGGCUCUCCGGAUGUUGUGCGCAGUGGUGGGAGUGUUUGUCUUAUGUUUCCUACCCCACCAUAUAAUCCAAGGCCUCUGGACACUUGCAGUAUUGGAGAUCAAAGAGGGCUGGGGCAGCACGGACUGGACCUUGGAGACUCGCCAGGCCCUCAACGAUGCGCAUCAGAUCACCCUGCUUCUUAUGGGCCUCAACUGCAUUUUGGAUCCUGUAGUUUAUUAUUUUGCCACAAGGAAGUUUCGGAAGUUCAUCACAUCCCACGUGAAAAAGAUAGCAAAGGGAGACGCGUGCUCGCAGACGGCCACCUCUCAGAUAUCUCUGGAUAGCAGGAGGGAAGGUGAAAACGUGAGGAUCUGAAAACAUGUAAUAUUUUUUGCCAUUUUUAUUCAAAAAAUGUUCUUGUAUAUAAAAGGCUCUACCUCGCUUCUCUCAUUUGGUUGCUGCUUGAGGAUUACAGAACUGAAAAGUAUUUACUUGCACCUCUGGAGCUGCAAAAGGCCACAGUAGCAAGAUGUAAGACCAGGGAUGGAGGUCGCAUUCUAGCAUUGCUAAUACAAAAGCAUGGCAUUUAAUUAUUCCAAACCACACUCCCGGGACACAUCAGCUAAGAUAUUUAAAUACUGUCCAGUCUACGCUCUUAUUAUGUUGUUGUUUGUUGUUUUUCAGCUGUAACUUGGUGUUGAUUCCUCGAUAACUUGAAUACUGAAUGCCUUUUAAAUAAACUGUUUUUCUUCACAUGCUACCCAUCAUCACACUUCGUCUUUGAGUCAGAGCUGUGGUUUUAAUUGCGCCAUGCCCUCUUGUUCUUCCUGUGUGAAGUACAAGUUGAAAAGCAGAAGUUUUGCAUGUGGAAGUACAAAACCAAAUAUUUCUGUGACCCUUGCCAAAAUAGUGCCAACGACUACUCAAGGG